AUGCACGCACCCUCGCCCCUCUCGGUCCUCCCCCUGCACAUGAUCCUCCGCUCCCUGCUCACGACCACAAUCUCCUCGUCGCCGGUCCUCCUGCCGCCCUCGCUUUGGGUCAUGUCCGUCCUGGCGCACACCGCCAACCCCCUCCUCGACCCCGGCAAGAACCCGCUGCUGCGGUUCCUCCUGAAGAACACAUUUUACGCCCAGUUCUGCGCGGGCGAGACCCCGGCCGAGGUCAGGCGGACGAUCGACGGCCUCAAGGAUAUUGGCUUCACGGGCGUCAUCUUGGGGUACGCGAAGGAGGUCGUCUUGUCGACGGCCCAGACCAAGGACCUGGCGGCGUGCGGCGGCGAGGGUGAAAAGGCUGAGGAGUGUGUCCGCAACGAGGUCACUCCCUGGGCUCGCGGGACGAUGCAGACGGUCAGGCUGGCGCAGCCUGGGGAUUUCGUCGCCCUCAAGUUCACGGGAGCUGGUCGUCAAGCAUUGUAUUCUCUCUCGGAGCGCCUACCCCCUUCCGCAGCCAUGGCCGACGCCAUCGACUCCAUCUGCUCCCUCGCCGCCGAGCGCGGCGUCCGCCUGCUGUUCGACGCUGAACAGGCGUCCCUCCAACCCGGCAUCGACGACUGGACCCUCAACUACAUGCGCAAGUACAACACCGUCCCCGGACAGGCCCUCAUUUACGGCACGUACCAGGCCUACCUCAAGUCGGCCCCACAGACCCUCCAGCGACACCUCCGGACCGCACAGACCGAAGGCUUUACGCUGGGUGUGAAGCUGGUGCGCGGCGCAUACAUCAGUUCCGACCCCAGACACCUCAUCCACGACACCAAGGCGGACACGGACGCCUGCUACGACGGCAUUGCAGAAAGCCUGCUCAGGAAGCAGUGGGGCAACGUCCUGCACGGAGAUUUCGAGAUGCCCCCUGUCAGCUUGGUGCUGGCAUCACACAAUGCCGAGUCCGUCAGGCGGGCCCGCGGCAUUUGCGAUGCCGGCGAGGCCAAGAUCCAAAUCGCUUUCGCGCAGCUUCAGGGCAUGGCUGACGAGAUAAGCUGCGAGCUCGUCUCUGCGAAAAAAACGGGCGACGUGCAGCAAAGGCAGGCAAAGGCUCGGGCCGUGGAGGCUUACAAGUACCUUGUCUGGGGGUCGACUGGCGAGUGCAUGAAGUAUCUGUUGAGGAGAGCGCAUGAGAACCGUGACGCGGUGCAGCGCACGCGGAGUGGGCGCGAUGCCAUGUGGAGCGAGCUGGUGAGGAGAGCCAAAGGUGCUAUUGGGGUAUCUACGUAG